CUGGCUAACUUGACAACAACUUAUUGCUGACGUUAGCCCACUUAAAAGUUGUAUGAAAUAAAUAAAGACGUGUCGUUAACGUUAGCCACGCUCCGCUGCCGGUGACACCGUUUAUCGGUCGGAAAAGGAAAAGCUAACGUAAAGCUAAUCCAGUGUUUUAACUUGGUGCUAUACUCUUUAACAUUCUAGUUUUAAUGGAUUUAAAAGUGCCACACGCAAAUGUCUUUAACCGUUUACCAUUCAAUAUAGUCUUCCGGAAAAUUCGGCAUGAAUGUCAUCCAAUAACAAUGCAUUAUUUAAUGAAAACAAAGUCAAAAUUGAUAAUUUGCAUGCUGGUGUUGGCCUUAGCUGUCAACUAGCUAACGCCAUGCUAGCUCCGUUAUCUUCCACCCGUCCUGCGGUAGUCGAGACUUUACACACGUUUAGAUUAAACUGAAACAAGUGCACCUAAUUCACAAUGACGUUUUAAUGAGACGCAUGUCAACAUCCAAUCUGAGUUAAUUGCUCGUGCCAAGUAAAGAGCACGUGCACUCCUAAUCCCGGAUUACCUGCAGCGCGUAAACCGUACUGCCAUGUGGUGUAAAGUAGAGAAACACACAUUUGAGACGUGGUGAAAUCAGCAACGUUGUCUCCGACUGUAACGGUGGAGAUGGGUAUUUUCAGACCAGCAAUUGUCCUCCAGUUUUUCAUUAUUUCGAUGCUAAUUAUUGGCCUCACAUGUGUCUCUUCCUGUGAUAUCUUCAUGUUUCCGAGGAUGGGGAAUUUCACAUCCUCCCCGGCUCUGUCCAGCACAUCCUGUGUGCAGUAUGUUAAGGAGAUGGUAUCGCAGAACUGUGUUGUGAUAUUUUCCAAGACUACCUGUCCUUAUUGCAAAAUGGCCAAGAAUGUGUUCAAUGAAAUUGGUGCCACCUACAAAGCGGUCGAACUGGAUGAGCACAACGAUGGGAGGGGAGUGCAAGAGGCCUUGGCUCAGAUAACCGGUGCCAGAACGGUGCCGAGAGUCUUCAUUAAUGGCAAAUGCAUCGGGGGUGGCUCUGACACCAAACAACUCUAUCAGCAGGGAAAGCUGCUGCCCCUGAUCGAACAGUGUGCUCCCGGAUCGGGCAGCGGACAGUUCGAGACGGCCAGAUGACUAACCGUUCUCGGAGUUUUUUUCAAUCCUGUAUUUAUGAAAUGUUUGCUUGAUCUCGUGCUGCAAGUCAAACAUUGCCUGAGCAUGUUAUUUAUUUGUCAAAGUCCAUUUGGUACUUGAUGUAAGGCUACUUAGUUUUACAUGCAGGGGUGUACAGUAUUCUUUUUAAAGCUGCCAACUUUUAAACAACAUCUGUGGAACUACUUCUCAUCUGCAUGGUGGUGUUAUUGAACAAUAUUACAUUUAUUUAAAAACAUGAUCACUCUCAGCAUCAUCAAACUGUGAACGUCGUUGGUUUGUGAUUUAUUGCCAGUUGGAUAACGUACUCAUUAUUUGUGUCUUUCAAGAUGAAAUAAACUGGAUAUUUGUAUGAUUUGCA